AAUGAACGCCUUCCUUCACCUGUCGCUUCUUCAUAUAUUUCCCCACUCUGAAGCAAGCCAAGCCCACUGAGCUUCUUCCAACAACCGCCCGCGCGCCAUGGACGUGGCCAUGGCGCUCGCCAUCCUCUUCUUCUGCCUCCUCCUCCUCUCCUCCGCCGCCAUCGCCUUCCUCCUCAUCCGCCUCUGCCUCUGCCGGCCCCACAACGACCCCGAGGCUCCAUCAGUACCACCACGGCCUCAUCAGCCGCAGUACGAGCCGACCUUACUAUCGGAGCCGGAGGUUCCAUCCAAGGAGCAGGGAAUCAAGGAGGCGUCAGCAGCGCCGCGGCGGCUGACGUGGCGGGAGGUGGAGGCGCUGACCGGCGGCUUCGACGAGGCGGCCGUGGUGGGGCGGGGCGGCUCCAGCACCGUCUACCUCGCCAGGCUCCGCGACGGCUCACCCGUUGCCGUCAAGGUGCACCGCUGGUGCGGAGGAGAGCGGCGUCUGCGGGCCUUCCGGCAGGAGCUGGACCUGCUCCGCCGCCUCCGACACCCGCACAUCGUCGCCCUCCUCGCCUACUCCGACGACCACGAGGAUGGGGGUGCACUGGUACUCGAGUACCUCGCCGGCGGCACGCUCGCCGACCGCCUCCACGGCGCCACGGCCCCUCUGCUCUGGCCCCAGCGCAUGCGCAUCGUGCACGACGUCGCCCAAGCCCUGGAGCACCUGCACGAUGCCUCCAGCGGCGCGCCUCCCGUCGUGCACGGCGACGUGUCCGCGUCCAACGUGCUCCUCGACGGCCGGGGGCUCGCCACGCGGCUCUGCGACCUGGGCUCCGCCUGCGAGGGCUUCUCCGCGGCCGUGGCGCCGACGCGCGCGGCCGUGGGGUCGCCGGGGUAUGCCGACCCGUUCUUCCUCCGCACGGGCAUCGUGUCCAAGAAGUCCGACGUGUACAGCUUCGGGGUGCUGCUGCUCGAGGCCAUCACGGGCCUGCCGGCCGCCGGAUCCGGAUCGGACGGCACGGGGAACCUGACGGCCCGGAUACUCCCUCGUGUCAGGACGCAGGGGGCGGAGGGGCUUGUGGACAGCAGGCUAGGGGAGGCGUAUGACGUGGAGGAGGCCGGUGACGUGGCUAGGAUCGCCGUCGAGUGCGUGGCGGCGCAACCGGGGCUCCGGCCGACGAUGGCGCAGGUGCGGGCGGCCAUCGCGGAGAAGGCGGCGAGGUCCAUUGCCAAGGCUGAUUAUGGUCAUCAUAUACAGCUGAGGAAGCUGCUGGAGCUCACAUGAUCGACGGAACCAAUGUUAUGGCUUAAUUUUUCAUUCUUCAUUCUUCUUUUUCUGCGUCUGUUUUCCUAGUAAAGUAAGUAAAACGGAUUUAUUGGUCUUCAUGCUUAAGGGUACAAAGAUGGCCAACUGGUAAGAAAAUCACUGUGUAUUGGAGAGGACUUGAAAUUGACUCGAGUCAAAUGUAAAUAUCGAUUUAUUUUGCGUUUU